GGAAAAAAGAGGAGAGGUUCCCCACUAUUUGAAGGUCCAUGGGCGUACCAAGAGAAGGCGAGAAGGGAGAGCGCGAAACGUCUGUACAGGGAGAGAGAGCCAUCUCCCGCCCCAUCGCUAGCCCCGCAGGGGCGAGGGGCUUUUUCUAAUUCUCCACCGCCACGGCACCACCCACCACCAGAGGCAGCCGCCAUCCCCAAAAGGAAAAAAAAGGAGAAAAGGAAGAGAAGCAAGAUCUACAAUGGUUGGAAGAGACAAGGGCAUGAGCUACACAAAGGAAGAAGAAGAAGGCGAAGAACUAGUUAAUGAGUCGGAGUUGAUGGUGGGAUCGACAGGUUUGAUGACGAUCGAAUCGGCUCCGGAGACGGCCGAAGGCGUCCCCGGGUUCCAUCAUGCGCCCAACAAGAAGGUCGAGUUCGAAAUGGAUGAGGAGGAGGAGGAAGAGGAAGAGGAGUUCUGGGAUGACCACGACUCGUUCCCGGAGUUCCCACCCGGCGAGGUGCCCGACUUUCUGGCAGGCGGCAAGGAUAGCAAGCCGAUCCUACGGAAAGCCGACGGGCAACCGCCGCUUUACAAGCACAGAUCGUGGUCUAACGACUCGUAUCGUGAGGAGGCGUGGCUGAGGCGCAAAGGUAGCAUGGGCGGCGGCCCGAGGCGGAGCAAGAGCGUCACCGAUGAGGAUCUCGACGAGCUCCGCGGGUGUAUCGAUCUGGGAUUCCGGUUUGACGGCCAGGAGGAUCGGAGCCUCUCCGACACGAUCCCCGCCCUCGACCUAUAUUACGCUGUGAACCGGCAGUACGCAGACUGUGUCUCGAAGUCGUCGGCCUCGGAUUGCUCCGGAUCGCCCGGCGGCAGCCCCCACAACUUCUUCGAACCAGGUGAUAGCCCUCAGCUGGUGAAGGCGAGAUUGAAGCAAUGGGCGCAGGUGGUUGCGUGUUCUGUGAGGCACUGUCGCUAGCGAUCAAUGAAGCAUUUCGUUGUGCCGUUGCAGGGGAGCCUUUCGUCAUCCGAGCUAUAUAUUUACCUGGCACCAUUCCCUCUCCUCUCUUUCCUUCCUCUUCCAAGCUAUGCAUGUUUGAGUGACCAUCUCUCAUCACAGGUCUGAUAUAUGCGGAGGAAAUGACCGAAAACUAUGAAGUUAAAAAACAUAUAUAUAAUGUUAAUAGAUUUUGAAGAGUUAA